AUGUGGGAUGAAGAUCCUGAUAGUCAGCAGCAAAGAUUAAGAAGCACCAGGACAUCACCAGGAAAGAGAAAGAUGCUACAAAACAUUCCUAUAAUUCUGCUGGUGGCCAUAGCGGUGCUGCCUUUGACUUUGGUGAGAGCCCAAGGAUACCCUGUGAACCCUGAGCAAAGAUGUGGGAUUAAUCAACAAUAUUAUUCUGAUUGCAAGCCCUGCCCCACAUAUUGUGGAAAUGUACCUGUUAUGUGCCCUAAGAUUUGUACACCUGGCUGUGGCUGCAAGCCUGGCUACGUUCUUCGGUCUCUCUCAUCUCCAGCAUGCAUCCCAGAAGAAAACUGUAUUUAAUACGGAGAUUUGGAAGUUUGUGAUCCUGCAAUUCUCACUGCUAUGAUACUUGUAAUGGUCCCGUUCCCUGUACAUUCAUAUGUAAACCUGCAGGAACAUCUAUGUCAAACACAUGGGGUGGUGUAUUAUACCUAGGGUUGCCAUCUUAGCCAUGUUUUCUUGGACACUUAUGAGUUACACAUGUUACAGGGUGUGCAGGAAGGAACACGAAUUGUAUUUACGGACAGCACUAUUUAUAUUCCUCUCUGCACACCCAGCAGCAUGUGUAACUCAUAAGUGUCCAGGAAAACAUGACUGAGUUGGAAACCCUUAUUAUACCCUCAAUUUGUCCAAAAGAUCCAAUAUUUAAUUUUUUUCAUGAUGGUUUUUUUUUGGGGGGGGGUUUACACAUUCACAUGCACUGCAGGUUAUGUACAAUAAUCAUAUUUGCUUCAGUUUUUGAAAUGUGUUUCUUUUGUCAAAAUAUCAAGUUGAAAAUCAUUAAUAAUUGUAAUGUUCCUAAAAUAAAUAAAAUUAGAUGUUUUUGAGUAAA